CAAAGUACGCGGGAGUCCGCGGGUACUUGCGUCCCCAAGCCAAGGAUCCAAGUAUCCGACCCGAAAUUCCAAUUUCCCUUUUUACAAUUUUACCCUUUACUUCUCAACUGGGUACCCUUCUUCCCCUACACCGCCCCUUCUCCGCGUGGACUUCCAUACAUAUAUACAUUCACACUGAGGGCUAAACACCUCGGCCAUUAAAAACCCAGCUAAAUUUCUCGAACGCACUGUAGAUCAAUCACUUAUCUUUCGUCAAUUUAUUUGUUUAUAUCGUAUACAGUUUUAAUCAGAAUAAUAAUUAAAUGGGUGAUCGAUUUUGUAAGGAUUUGGAAACUGCGCUGUCUUUGUAUUCCAAACAAAAUAUUGAUAUUUUCUAUGACGAUGAAGAGACGGAAGAAGAUUACGAAGAUGAUGACGUGAACGAUGACGUCAGCGAUGAUAGGGCGGACGAAUUGGCGUGCCCAUUUUGCUUCGAAGAUUUUGAUGUUCUUGGAUUGUGCUGCCACAUUGAUUCCGAACAUCGGAUGGAUGUUAAGCAUGGGAUCUGCCCUGUUUGCUUCACAAAGGUGGGAAUAAACAUGGUUUCACAUGUAAUCACGCAGCAUGAGAAUAUUUUAAAGACUCUAUGCAAUAAGAAACACCGCAAUGCUCAUUCUCGUUCAGCUGUAUCUACGUUGAGGAGAGAGUUGCAGGAGAAACAUUUACAUUGUCUCGAGGAGUCUUCUGUUGUUGGCUCUUCUUCUGAUGUGGCAGCUGAUUCUAUGCUUUUAUCAUUUGUUCAUAAUGCACAAUCUGCUAACAAUCCUAAAAGCAUACGAGCUACUUCUUCUACUGAGGCAAGCUUAUCAGAAAAAAGUUCAGAUGACACUUCUUUAGAAAGGUACGCGAACCAUGGUUAAUAUUUCCAGCAUGUCCAAAUUAUGAUCCCACAUUUUAGAACAAAAAUUAAUUGCUGAUAUCAAACCUGUUUAGGACUGUUUCAUUAUGAUUUAUUAUGUUGCCCUAGGGACUGGAUGAUGGGACAAUUUACCCAUUCACGUGCAGCUCUAUAUUUUGCUCUCUCUGGAUUAGAGUACAGAAAUAAAUAACUGAAUAGAACUUUCAGAUAUACUCCUUACCUCCAGCGUAUCAUAAGUGAACUGCAUUCUCACUCAGCCUCUGCCUCUGAUAUCACAAUUGCUCCUAACUAGCUGUGCUAGUAAGCAGAUAGGAUAAAUUAUAUCUUUUGCCAAGGAAAUUUGCACAGGGAAAAUUAGCAAGUUCCCAAGACGUGUUGUGCUUUCUUUUAUGCUGUGCAUCUUUGUGUGCUGUUGCAAUUUUUCAUCUGCUAAAUUAUGCAUGUCUGCAAUGUUCGAUAAGUUAUUAUUUUUCUUAAAUUUCCACAUGUUUUGAUAGAGGACCCUGGUCUUCCUUUCAAGUUCAUCAGUAGAAGGAAAAAUGGAAAAUUUAUAGGCUGCUCUUUUUUUAUUUGCUUGGUCUUCUGAUUGCUAAAAAGUCAUUUUUUCUCUCUUCUGAAAACUGCAGACUAGUUCUCUAACUGAUGUUAAAUGUUUGCUGAAGCCGAAUUGAAGUAAAUUUUCUAUAUAUUGAUAAUAACAAUAGCUCCAUUACUUUUACUUUAUAGCACACGAGAUAGCUAAGAAAAGAAAAAUAAUUUGCUAACUAAGGAAACAAUACUACCUUACAAUUAAUCCUAGCAAUUACAAUAUUUAAUUAAUGUCAAUUCCCAUACUUAGCUCCUUUCCAUAGACCACACACAUGGUUUCCUACACUCCCCCUCAAGUUGAAUUGUAGAUAUUGAUCAUGUUCAACUUGUAGUUGAGGUCGUCGAAUAUUUGUCGGCACAAUCCUUUGGUGAAGGUAUCAAGCAUAUGUCCACUUCUACGUAUUUAGUUCUGUCAUGUUAUACUGGAUUGAGAGAAAUGUUAAUUGUUACUUUGUUAUCACAAUAAGGUUUGAUCGGAAGUUCUAUUUUAACUUUCAGUUCUUCCAAGAGUUUCUUUAUCCAUAGCUCUUCACAUAUCCCUUAUGCUACAGCUUUAAAUUCUACCAGCACUACUUCUUACUACUACAUUUUGCUUCUUGCUUCUUCAAGUUACCAAAUUUCUCCAUAUAAAGGAAUAGUAACCAAUGGUGGAUCUUCUAUCUUCAGUUGAUCCAGUCCAAUCCUUCUACUCCAUUCCUUUUACUCUCUUCAAAUAAUAAUCAUGUCCCAGAUGUGCCUUUUAGAUAUCUAAGAAUUUCGUAUACAGCUUCCAGAUGAGCUUCUUUGGGAGAAUGCUUAUUUUGACUUACCAUGCUCAGUAUCAGGUCAGGUAUGCAAGAGAUAGAUUAGCUUACCAAUUAAUCUUUUGAUAUUUGUCCAUGUUCACUAUGUUCCCUGUAUCCUUUAUUUUUCAUGCCUCAAUAAGUGUAUCACUAGUUUUGCAUCCUGACAUGCCUGUUUCAGUCAAGAUUGAUGAUGUAUUUCCAUUGAAAGAUACUAAUGCCCUUCUUUGAUCUUGCAAUCUCCAUCCCCAAAAAAUACUGUAUUUGCCCCCAAGUCUUUUACUUCAAAUUCGGUGGCUAAGCACUUCUUUAAUCUUUCCAUCCCCACUAUGUUUUCUCCCAUUAGAAUUAUAUCAUCAACGUAUACAAUUAAGAUCGUCUUCGUACCAUCUCUAGAUUGAUGGAACAACAUGGUAUGAUCAGAUUGCUCUUGGUGGUACCCCUAUUUUUUCAAUACAUUUACAAAUCUAUCGAACCAUGCUCUUGAUGAUUACUUGAAGCCAUAUAAAGACUUCCCUAAUUUGCACACUUGAUUUUCUUCAUUUCAUGUGUUGAAGCCUAGUGGUACUGUCAUAUUGACCUCUUCUUCCAGUUCUCCAUUCAGGAAUGCAUUUUUAAUGUUUAGUUAUUGGAUUCACUGUUAGAGGUAGUAAGACUCGAACUAUAUUUAGUAGUUUGCUACCGGUGCAAAUAUUUCAGUAUAGUCGAUCCCAUAGGUUUGCGUAUACCCUUUGGCAACAAGUCGAGCUUUGUAGCGAUCUACUGUUCCAUCCGCCUUGUACUUUAUAUUGAGUAGCUAUUUGCAUCCUACUGGCUUCUUUCCCUUCGAUAGGUUUACCACUUCCCAAGUUUCAUUUUUCUUCAAGGCUCUUAUUUCAUCCAUUACUGCUUCUUUCCAUUUUGGUGAUUUCAAGGUCUUCUGAAUAUUUUUUGGAAUUUCUCUUUUGUCAAAGUUAGUCGUAAAAGCAUGAAAUCCUGUUGAUAGAUUAUUGUAAGAUAUGAACUUAGUAUAUGAUGAAAAGUACAUGAUCGAGGUUAUUUUUUGAGAGCAAUGGGUAAAUUGUCAUAAUCUAGAGAUGUGAUUUGGUUGGAGACGUUCUCAUAAGGUCCUUUCACUGGACUCUUUUGGCACCUUAUGUGUGAGAGUUUCUUUGUACUUUGAUUUAGGCUUCCUUGUCCCUGUCGCUUUGUUUUCCAACGUCUCUCCCUGACUUCAAGUUUCCUUCAAUAUAUGGCGCAAUAGAAGGUGGGGUGACGGUUUCAGUAUAUAGGUCAAGUUGAGAAAGGUCGAAAUUUAGGGAUUCUUGAUCUAAGAACGAAUUUUUACUUAGAUUUCUCCCCUCAAAAGAAGGCUUUUGGAAGGUGUUUUCUAGAAGAAUGUGACAUUGAGGCUAACAAAGGUCCUUUUGGUGGAUAGGUCAUGGAAUUUAUACCAUUUUUUGAGAGGGUGAGUACCCAAUGAACACAUUCUUAAUUGCAAAUGGUUCAAGUUUGUUUCAGUGCUGGGAGUGAACGUGUACAAAAGCAGCACAUUCAAACACUUUUAAAGUUAGAUAUGAUUUGAGACAAGACGUUGGAAAGUGUGUUUGGAAUAUUUGUAUAGGUGACUGAAAGGAGAGGAUAUGACUAGGCAUACGAUUGAGGUAUGUAGACGUGAAAAUUGAAUCUCUCCCAAAAUGUUUUUGGUAUAUUUGCUGUGCACAUAAGGGCGCGAGCAACUUCAAGUAUAUGUCUAUUUUUUCGUUCAACAAUCCCGUUUGUUGGGGAGUGUUAACGUAAAAUUUUGGUAAACAAUUCCAUGUUUUGUUAGGUAGUCUUGCAGAGUAAUAUUGAAGUAUUCGGAUCCAUUAUUAGUGCGUAAGAUUUGAAGUUGUGUUUGGAUUGUAGAAUGAUAAUUUACAAACACUGAGCGGACAUCUGUUUUCUCUUUUAGAAGAUAUACUCAACAACUCCGAGUGUGAUUGUCGAUAAAUGUGACGAACCAAUUUGUUUGGGUAUAAUUAGGGUUGCAGGAAGGUCCCCAUAAGUCAUUGUGAGUCAUGGAAAAUGGUGUAGAUGGUUUGUAUGUUGAAUGUGAAAAUGAUGUCUGCUGAUGUUUUGUAAGUUCACAACUUUCAUAUUGAAAUACAAUUGAAGUUUUAUUUAUGAAAAUUGAUGGACGUACACGUUUUAAGUAUGGAAGGCCUUAGGGGCGACCCAUUCUAUAGUGCCAUAAUAUAAGUUUACUAACCCAAGAGGCAGAUGCAGGAUUAUAGCUAGUAAGUGGACUAGUUUACUCACAUUAGCUUCCUCGAAAUAGUACAGCCACCCACACUCUUUAGCAUUGUCAAUCGUCUUCCCCGGUAAGAGGUCCUGAAAGAUACAAUGAGAUGGAAAGAAAUUAGUAGAGCAAUUGGAUUUUUUUGUUAGUUGACUAACAGAUGGUAAGUUGCGUGACAAAUUUGGAAUAUGGAGGACAAAGUCUAAUGUUAUGAAUUCAGAGAUUUGAAUACUCACUUUUACUGCAACAAAAGAGAGCGACCCAUCGGCAAUUUUCACCUUAACAUCACCCCCAACGCCGGUUAAGUAUGUAGAGAAUAGUUGGUACAAAUCCGUCAUGUGAUUAGACAUACCGGAAUCAAUAAUCCAAGAGAUUUUAUAUUUUGAAGUAUUUAAGGCUCUCAAAAAAAUACCUUUAUGUGUAAGGGAACUAGAAGGACCUCUUGGAGGAGUCUAAUCAGAAGAUUGAAGGCUAGAGAACAUUGAUAAAGUUGUUCCAUUUGUUCGAAAUUAAACGCACCGCUUGAAGCAGAAUUUGUUGUCUCGGCUCAAUGUCCCCGAUUUUGAUUCUUUUGCCUCAAUAUCCUAUUGAUGGGUUUUCCAUGAAUUUUCCAACAUGUGUCUUCUUUGUGUUCCGGCCUUCGACAGUGCUCACACCAAAGGUGUCGACAUUGUUUUUUAUUUGGCCCAUUUGUAGCCCCUUUUAAAGAAAGGCCCAAUAUCUCUUUUCCACUUGAAGUUUGGGAGCUCAAUUCCAGGCCCAUUCUUGAAUUACCCAUACGCAUUCUUGGCCCAUUAUUCUUCGGCCUAACAAUUGUGGUUAAAUUAAUUGGCCCAUUAUUUCUUACAUUCAGGGUUGACACUUCAUCGGAGGUCUCGAUCGUCUCCAUCAUCACCAACCGUCGUGCUUCCCAUUGUACUUCCGCAAACACCUUGCGAGUCGUCGGCAGUGGUCGUCGGCUUAAGAUCCUUCCUCUAACAUCAUCUAAUUCUCGGUCAAGCCCUGCCAAAAAUUCAUAGACCCUUUCAUUCUCUUGCUUCUUUUUGUAUAGCAAGUAGUCAUCGGAGCACUUCCAUUACUCCUCAAAACGGAGGUCCAAUUCUUGCCGAAGAACCACCAUCUCCAUGUAAUAAUCUGUUACAUCUCUGGGUCUUUGCUGGGUUUGUCACAGUCGGGUUCGAAAAUGUGGAAGAAAUCUUCGUGUCCCUUAUCGCCUCCCAGACAUCCUUUGCGAUAGGAAGAAAUAUAUGCGGCAUCCCAAUUGUUGGUUUCAUGGAAUUCACCAACCAAGCAAUCAACAUAGAAUUUUCAAUCUUCCACUUUUGCAACUGGGCAGUGCCAGUAAGAUAACCAAGCUUUCAUUUUUCGUCAAUUACGAGUUUUAUGGAUUGUACCCAUUCACGAAAAUUCCUUCCGUUCAAUUUUUCCACUAUUUGAAGGAUUGAGUUUUCAAUCCCUAGGUGCCAAUUGAUGCACUGAACGUUGUUUCGAAAUUGGAUGUUUCAAAUGUCAUCGACUCUAUGCUAUUGGCGAGGACUUCCACCAUUGAUUAAUCCCUACAAUUACAAUCUUUAAUUAAUGUCAAUUCCCAUACUUAGCUCCUUUCCAUAUAUGGUUUACACACAUGGUUUCCUACAUUUGCAGAGUGCGGAUAUUAUUUAUUUCCAACUUUGCCAAUUCAACAAAAUUGCGAUGAGUCGAAUUGGGUUGUUUAAAUAUCAUAAAAUUAGUUUAUGUGGAGUAACUGUAUAUCGGGGCUGUCUGGUACAAAUUAUUGGCUGAUUUUGAGCAAAUUUCUAACCGUUAUCCGUCGGCACAUGGGUCCCAUGUUGCAGCAAUGUCUGAAAAUCAAAAAGUGAAAUACGUAAGUUGCCCAUCAAUCAUAAGAAAUGAAUUAACUGUUAAGGGCAACAUGGUCAUUCUACAAUAAAUUGGUCCAACAUUGCGGCUGUGAUAUCUGAUUUCCUGCCAUAAAUGACUUGUCUCCAUGAGAAGCAACUGUAAAAAUUUCACUGGAAAUUUGAGUAAAAUCUCCUCCAGACAAGCGCAUAGUAUUUUUAUAUAACAUUAUGGUGGCUACUUGGUAUAAACUUCUUGUAGUCUUUUGAGAUCAGAGAGUUAUGUUUUGAAAAAUUAGUGUACUUCAAUCAACUUGCUCAUUUGAGAAAUGGUUCAUGUUACCAUUCAACUACUACUUUUUCCCCCUCUUAUGGUGAAACAAAUCAACCAGAGAAAAGAUAAGGGAACUAGUGGAGAAAAAUGUGUCUAAAGACCAAUUUACUCGAUCCUGUCUCUACUAGUCCCUGGGAUUUUAGUUUGCAAUCCUAUUAGCUCCCAUCCCAUCCUAGAUGUAAAAUGUCCGCAUGCCAUCAUGAAUAUCACCUUCUCCUCCCUCUCCCCACAACCAUGCUAAGCACUUCUGUCGUAAAUCCCACUGCUAUUUUUCUAAUUCAGUGAACCUUGGCCCUAUAGUGGUGAUGGCAAAACCCCGCCCAGCCCCGAACUCGCCUCAUGAAGAACAAAAUAAAAUAUAAAUAAAAAAUAAAAAUGAACGGGGUGACUAAUGGGGCAAGCCGCCUCGCCCCGUUGCCGUCAGGCCCAUCACUACCCUAAAGCCACCUCCACGUUGUAGUUCUUAAUCCAACCCGUAAAAAUCU